AUGGCAGAGCUUCACGGUGAUGUCCUUCCGCAUAUACUGAAAAGAUUGAAUGCGAAGGAUCUAAUCCGAUGCAAAAGUGUGUGUAGGUCUUGGAAAAAUUUGAUCUCUGACUCUGGUUUCAUUAAAUUCCAUAUGAACUAUAGUUACCAAAUUGAUUACAAAAAUAAUGAUAUAGAUAGGAGGAUUGUUAUGUCAAGGGUCCCUGAUCGCAACGGGUCGCGUGUUUGUGAUGUUGAUGACAAAUUCUUUGAUGAUCGUGAUUGUCAUCUUCUUGGUUCUUCCAAUGGACUUGUAUGCAUCUCUUCUUUUGCUUCUCAACUUGUAGUAGCCAAUCCCUCAACUAGAGAGGUGCAAACACUACAAGAGCCUCCAAUCCGUGAUACCAAGUGUUUAUGUUGGGGUUUUGGGUAUGAUUCAUCUACGGAUGAUUACAAGGUUGUGUUAGGGUUCCGUAAACGUGUUGGUUGGACAAGUUUUCUAGUGUUAAGUUUGAAAUCAAAUGUUUGGAAAGUAAUUGGAGAUGUAAAGUAUUCGUUUCUUAGUAGGAUUGGUAUCUUAUGCAAUGGGGCACUUCAUUGGAUUAUGAAAGAUUCUUCAUCUCCAAAUAAGAAGAGAGUCAUUACUUCGUUUCGGCUAUCUGCAGAAAAAUUUAUCAAAAUUUCCCAACCUGAUGAUGAGCGAUAUGAAUCUGGUGUUGCUAGCUGCCCAAAUAUGAAUUUAGGUAUUAUCGAAGAUUGUUUAUGCGUAUUUCCUUGUGAUGGGUUUAAUGAUAACUUAUGGAUGCUGAAGAACUACAAUGGAAAGCUGUCUUGGGGAAUGUUUGAAAAGGAGUGUGAGAUGAACUUAGGUUUACAAUGCUUGAAAGAGCAGAAACAUUACAUUCCUAACAAGAGAACUUUGUGUCGUGAUAUGCUGUUCUACAAGACUAGGGAGUAUAUUUGUGCCCCUAUCUAUAUGGAGAGUCUUGUAUCUCCCUAUGUUAAUGGGAGGCCAAAGAGAAAGACACAAGAGAGUAAUAGCAAGAAGAGUUGUAAGUUGAUUAAGCGAGACCCUAUGCUUCCAGGAGCAAGUGGCAAAGUUUGA